AUGGCGAAGUCCAUUCCCCACUCACCCCGCCCCUACCCGCCGCCCCCACCAUCGCCGUGUCUCCUUUGCUCCCUCCCUGACUCCCCAAUCUCGCCCCCCCCUUCUCUCCACGACCACUUUACCCCAACCCACUGUCCAGCAUGCCCCUUCCCCAUAUCCUCCCGCUCCCCUCCCUUCGAUGCAGUCCCUCCCUCACCCUGCCUCCUCUGCUCCAUCCCCAUGUCAGCUCUGCCCCCCUUCUCGCCACCCCAACCCCCACCACCAUCACCACCCCGCCCAGCCUCCCCAAUGUGCCCCCUAUGUCCAAGCACUGUGUCAAAUGUGUUUGCCACCGCCCCAGCCUCCUCCUCCUCCCCGUGUCCCCUCUGCUCCUUACCCAUGUCACUACAGUCCCGCCCCCCACGCAUCCCGUCUCCCUGCCCCAUGUGCUCUGUGCCCCCACCCACCACCACCGGAACCCUCAGCGGCCGCCAUCCCCGUGUGGGUUGUACAGCAUCGUCGCCGUGCCAUCUCUGCAUCCCUAUCGCUCCGCCACGUCCCCCUGCCACCUCUGCCCAGUGUCAUCUCUGUUCACCCCCCACCAACACCCCCACCACCAACACCACUACUCCUCCUCCUCCUCCCAGCGGCCCCCAUCCCCUCAGUACUCCUUCUACCCCUCCCUGUCGUCUGUGUCCCCUCACCGCCACCACAGUCGCUACCACGCACACCUCGCAUAUCCCCACCCACCACGCCCCUCCUCCCCACCAUGCCCCAUCUGCCCAUAUCCAAUGCCCCGUUCCUCCUCACCACCUCCCCAUAUAUCUCGACCCCAUGCCACCUUUGCCCCCACCCUCCCUCUCCACCCACCACCCCACCACCCCUCCCUAUAUCUCGUCCCCUGCCCCGUCUGCACUGCGCCACCUCUGCCCGCGCUGCCCCCACCCACAGUCUUCCCUCCCAGCCUCCCUGCCCCGUCUGCGCCCCAGUCCAGCCCCCUGCCCCCAGAUCUCCCCCCGUGCCUCAGAUGCUUCGCCUGCCUACCCUGUGCCUGUCUAA